UGACCCCUGAAGGAACUGAUUAACAGACUUUGGAGCUUCUGCAGGACUCAUCUCCACGUUCUGCUUCUGUACGGACCUUAACUCUUCCAGCUUUUAUUGCGACCUGAAAUUUUGAAAAUCCCAGAAAAGUCACCAGUCCAGAAACCUCUUCAACAACAUGCCUCAGCGAAAAUGCUCUGUUGAGAUAAGCAACAACUCUAACAACUACUAUUUAUCCCAACCAAGGCUGUUCCUGGAGAGCGGUCAUUGUGAGAUCCCUCUGCCACCCAUGAUCGGGCCCUGCUCUGCUAUCAGGACACUUUUCAACAAGACAACAGGAACUGCCACUGGAGCUGUUGGUGUCUUCACCUAUGACCUUUUCAAUGCUGAUUUGAACGACUACAACCAGGUCAUGGCGGUAAUGUUCUCUGUGCCCUAUGAUCGAAACCUUUUCUCCAACUGGUUUGCUGUUGGAUUUUUUGGCAAGCACAAGAAGUGUGACCACAAACUUUUUAACAGCAUGUACAAUGGAAGUGAGACUAGCUUUGUCAGAGGAAAGGCUGAUGGUUCGUGUAUUUCUUAUGAAAGUGACUAUGUUGUUGUCAGUGCCUCCAUGACCGACUCUGUUGAAGCUGCCCUGAGGGUGGAUAUGAGUGAUAUUGGCAUUUAUUAAACGCAGAACGUUACAUGACAAUGUCAGCAAUAUUACUGAAUAAAUUAUUGUGAUUUUGCAUUGCUUCAUUAAUGCAAAACAAAUGUUUGUGCAGAAUUGUCUCGGGUGCUUUUUUUUUCUCUUCAAAAAUACAGUAAAGAUUUCAGUUCAGUUAAAUAUUAAAACUGAGAAAA